CCAGACAGUGUUACUGAACAGUCGCUGAAUUCCGAGCAGCCAUUGGAUAUCGGCUCUGAUCAAGUCCUUAUGGGCAGCAGUAUCAGUGGCUUGGUAUCGGGCAACAGCGCACAAGAGGCAAGCCACAAUGUCGUGGGAGAGAAAGGUGCGUUAGGACAAGAUAAGACAAUUCCAGCUGUGGAAUCUUCACGGCAGAUUACAUCAGAAGCAUCCGAGACGAAAGAUGCGGAAUUAAGUGCUGCCUUCCUGAUGAAUAAAAUUUCUCGUUUUAUUUUUUCAAAUGAAAUCGUCUUUACAUGGCUAUCGGUGAAAAUGCGCAGCGAGCAAUCAAGAGCAACCGUGCUGUAUACGGACGAGACAGGGUUAUCUCCACCAAAAUAUUCACUCAACAGUUCUAAAAGUUUGAAGUCGGCAGAACGACCCGCAAGUGCCUGUGUUAACUGGGACGAAAUUGAUUGGGAGUCGCUCGGUGCAGACUCCGAUCCGCUGAACAUCAGCCCCGAUUCCCUCAUGAACAAAAAGAAACAGAGACCAAACAAGCCUCUGGCCGAUCCAAGUGGGACCACAGAAAUUUCUAACGAGCAGAACAAGACGGCACCGAUGGGUACUCAGCAGAACAGUGGCAAAGAUGACAAGGGCGAAACGACUUCUUCAGAAAGUGCCUCAAAUAUCCUUGAAAACUCAGGGACUUUAGAAGCGGCGAUGAAAUCUGUCGGACUCGAUGAAAACGCGCAGCAGCAAGCUCGUCGAACUGUCGUUCCAGCCAUCACACGCAACAAACUACUCAACGUGUUUUACGGCAAAGACAAGGAAGCAACGAACAAGUUGAAGAAGGAUGAAAACAUCGUGAAUCUACGGGCAGACAAGGGACGCCUAAUGAUGAUCAUGGACAAACCGGACUUCAUCUGUAAAGCAAAGGCGCUACCUAACGAUGCAACCAUGUAUUGCCGCUUAGAACACGGCCAAAGCAAGCAACCAGCAAACAAAAUCAAUAAAAACAUAUGCCAACUCCAAGAUCUCCACAAGAAUACAGAAGAGGAAUAUUGGAGGAUGAGAGCUUGUGAUUCGGCCACGCAAUGCUCCCACGGACUCCCGAAGCACCUCCUGGAACAGCGACCUACAGCGAAAGAACUACGAAAAAGGUUGAAUCAUCUCAUACGACAAAGUGUCUCCAAUCUCCUCGAAGAGAAUGCAACCUUGGGAGAUAAAGAGUUGGAUACACCAGGAGCCGCGACAAACACAGACAAAGGAGAUAAAGGGGAUCCAACUAAUAGGGAGAAUAUGCCAAUCGGUUCAAGUCAAGAUAUUGAGACCAAAUCGCGAGCGAAGCCUGCAACAUGUGCGGAGCCAAAUCAGAGCAACAACGAAGAUAUGUCUCAUUGUGAGUCGCCUCUUUACCGUUCUCAUCAGUAUUUCGCAGACAGGCCAGCUAGUGCACGCAUUGACUGGGAUCGAAUUGACUGGCAAGCUCUGGAUGCAUCAUCAAACCCAUUUAGUUUGAGUAAUAAUGUCGAGAAAACUAAACCCGCGGAACAACUGGAACAAAUUUUGACUGGACAUGCGGAAUUGGUCACGGAACCCGUGGAAAACAGUGCCACAAAAGAGGCAGAAUCUAUCCUAGCCAAAACGGAAAGCAAAGUAAAGGCAACAGAUGGCACGUUGACGGAAAUAUCAGGAACUACAGAGCAUGCGAGGAGCGAAAAACAUUGUGACAUCCGGAACGUCAGCUCGGCGGAAAAUGUUGAACAAAGUUUAGCUGAAAAAGACGGAGUCAAAAUCGAUUCAGAACUAGCUUUAGAAAGUGCUCCGGAGGUGGAUACAAGUAGACCUGAGCGAGAAACCGACCAAUGGUCACAACCUUCCCGAGAUGAGCAUAAGAUCGACUUGAAAAAUGUUGGUGAAUUGUCGGAUCCGAUCGGAAGCAAGAUUGUUAGCGCUGAACCAAAGACUUUAAAACAUGAAGCCAACACUCUUGAAAGUGAAAAGACAAGUGACCUUGAAAAUACGGUUACCACAGAAUCUAACGUCCAGCGAACGGACACACAAACCGUUCCUGUUGAGGAUCAAGAACACAAAAAUGAGGACCAUCCUGGCGAAAAUCUUGCUUGCGGGGAGCCGAAAGAUGUCAGUACCUCACACACAACCAAUCGCCAAAAUCCAACGACCCUGGCGUUUGGUGGAAAAAUAACCAACAUAGUGGCGAAGCCAUCAGCGACAAAAUCCAACGACCCUGGCAACCAUUCGAAUGAUUGGCAAACUGAAAAAGCUUCCGGAUCUUCCGAAAUGGGAAAUGCUCCGGAGGCAGAGAAAAUACAAGAUAUAAAGGAUCCAAUGGUUCAUCAACAUCCUAGAGAGCUAGGCCUUCAAACAGAUAAGCUGCCUAUAUUCCCUUCUGUUUUGCCAUCUUUAGAGAAUCUCACAACCGAAAACCUGGUGCAGGAAAAAUCCAACACGGGUUGGACAAACGAUUCAGAGCUCCGAAACCCAAAGACAUUGGCGAGGAGAGGGAAGUUCAUCGAGAUGACAAGUCUUCCAAAUCAGCCAAAGUGGAGCAAGUCAGCGAAAUCGUCCAAAGUUGAAACUGCUCCGGAAGGGAAAGCAAAGCAGCCGAACACAAACAAACGGAAAUCCGAAAACCCGAUGCAGGAAAAAAUAAACACAGCUUCAACAAAUGAUCUCCAGAAAUCAAACGAGCAAGAAGAAUUGUCACCUCCACUACCCCGGGGUGAAUACAAACUCGAUUUCGACAAUCUCGAUGAAUAUUCCGAUCCGUUUGGGGGAAAGGUGACUAACACGAUGACGAGGCCAUCAGUACCGAAACCCAAAGACGUUGGCGAGGAGACGAAACCUCCACGAGAUGACGAGUCAUCGAAACCGUCCAAAGUUCAAAGUGAUCCGAACGGCAAAGCAAAACAGCCGAAUACAAAGAAUCCAAAAACAAAAACAGAAAGUGCGGUCCAGGAGAAAAGCAACACAGCUUCGACAAAUGUUGCAGAGAAACCAGAGGAGCAAACAGAAUUGUCACCUCCACUACCCCGUGGUGAAUACAAACUCGAUUUUGACAAUCUUGAUGAAUACUCCGAUCCGUUUGGGGGAAAGGUGACCAACGCGAUGACGGGGCGGAAACCCAAAGACGUUGGUGAGGAGACGAAACCGCCAGAAGAUGACAAGUCAUCGAAAUCGGCCAAAGUUGAAAGUGCUCCGAAAGGGAAAGCAAAGCAACCCGAUACAAGUAGCAUGCCGGACCUGGACUUUCAAAAUAACGUGCACUGCCAAAAGCAACAAAACGUCUUUGAAAAACCACCUGCACCAAGAAUAGUGGAUUGCUUACAUCCACCCCGUAUUUUGUCAUUUUUAGAGAAUCCCAAAAGCGAAGCUCCGGUGAAGUCACAAAGUAACGCAGCUUCGACAAAUGGUGUAGAGAAAUCAGAGGAGCAAACACUAGUGUCACCUCCACUACUCCGGGGUGAAUACAAACUCGAUUUUGACAAUCUCGAUGAAUACUCCGAUCCGUUUGGGGGAAUGGUGACCAACGCGAUGACGGGGCGGAAACCCAAAGACGUUGGUGAGGAGACGAAACCGCCAGAAGAUGACAAGUCAUCGAAAUCGGCCAAAGUUGAAAUUGCUCCGAAAGGGAAAGCAAAGCAGCCGAAUUCAAAGAAUUCAAAAACCGAAACAGCGGAGAGCGCUAUGCAGGAAAAGAGCAACAAAACUUCGACAACUGGUGUAGAGAAAUCAGAGGAGCAAACAGUAAUGUCACCUCCACUACCCCGGGGUGAAUACAAAAUCGAUUUUGAUAACCUCGAUGAAUAUUCUGACCCGUUUGGGGGAAAGGUGACCAACACGAAGACAAAGCCGUCAGUACCGAAACCAAAUGAUGUUGAGGAGGGGACGGAAGUUAAAAGAGAUGACAAGUCUUCCAAAUCGACCAAGGUGGAAGGUACUCCAAAAGGGAAGGCAAAGCAACCGAAUACAACAAAACGGACGCCCGAACUGCUGGCUACCAAUACAACAGGAUCCUCUCCGAAGGAACGUUUGGAGAAUUUAAGCGAACAUAACGAAAAAUACUUAGGAUCGGGUCAGAGGCAAGUGAGCCACCAAGAUGUUGGCCUAGUUUCUGAUCGCAAAGGACGGGUAGGUGAUGGAUAUGGAGGUCGUGAACAAACGUGCCGCGUGGUUUGGGGUUUUCCCUUGGAUGUAAACUGCUUGAUUUUGAAUGAAGCAAUGGAUGAUCGUCCUUUGAAAGGCGGUGGUGCUUACAACAUUGAUUGGGAUGCAGCUAAUGAAAUGGCUGACCCGUUCGGCAAGGAAUUCCCAACAGCUCCAACCAAAGCCCCCGUGAAAGUGGAUUCGAAAGGGGACUGUCCGACGGAUUCUCCAAAUGCUGUGAUUCGAAGUCCAGCUAAGUCUGGUUUCAAACCAGCUACCCCAGUGCGCACCAGCAGUGUCCCUAAACCACCUUCCGAUCAGUCUUCUCCAAUGCAGAAUGGCACCGGACCGGAGGCCAAUUCCACUGGGAAUUCCAGUGCUCAGAAUGGUUUCUCACAUGAGGGGGAAGAUUUGACGUCCAAGCCCAGUGAGUUUACGGACACAGAGAUGAUGUCUCACCAAGUCCUCCAUCUACCUUUAUCCCAUCUGAUCAAAGGACCCCCUACCCUUAGACUACCUCUUAUUCAGAGCAGUCCAAAACAAGAGUUUGUCGUUCAUCUGUUCAUCAUCCCUGGAUUGGACACUGCAGUAUCCGGGCGAAAUAUAUCUUUUUGGCCAUAUGCCAUCAUCUUGCCAUCGGUCGUGAAUGGUGAUGGCGCUUACCAAGCGCAGAAGCUCAUGUUUUUAGAAAGUUUUUCUCCACUGGUAUUUCUGUUAUCGUCUGUUUCGUCCACCCCGAGAAGCCCACCGUCCAAAUGUUCUACUACCUUCCUGUUUCCAGCAUUAUCAGGAAACACGGCCCCCAUCAAUCCGGAUUGGCGUGAUGCAACCCACGUAUCCGAACCCUCAGAUACUUCUUAUACCCAGCCAACCCCUGGUGACCAGGCCGUUCAUCCGAACCAGGUCCUCACGAAGAUUGAUUCUUCAACCCGUCCAGCCUCUCCUGCCCAACCGCUCCUUCAUCGACCUUCUAUGGACGAUGAGUUAGACAAUUCCGCCCGGUUCGAUACCCCCGUGACAGAGAGUGAAGUGAUAGCCCUUCGGAAGGAACGUGAUGAGUUGGUAAAGACCAUAGAUGAAAUGCAACGAUGCAUUGCUGAGUACGACCGAAGCCUUCAACACAUGAUUGCCGAGAAAUCUCAAGGACAAGCACAAGUCAAUGUUUCUGUUGCUGACCUAAUCAGCGAACGGGACCAAGCGGUUGAAGAAGUGGCCACCAUUGAGAAAGCAUUUGGUGACCUGCAUCGACGGUUUGAGAAGUCCAAGCAAGUCAUCGAGGGAUUUAAGCAGAAUGAAGAAGCCCUCAAACGGAGCAUAGAAGAGUACAAAAACCUGUUACAGCGACAGGAAACCAAAUACUUGGCACUCAAGAAGCAUGCUGAGGAGAAGUUACUCAAAGUCACACAAGAUACUGAGGCGGCUAAACAGGAGGCCGAGUCGAAUGCGACGCGUUUGCAAGCCUCUCUUCGAAUGAUGGAAGUCCAAGUUAAGGGAUUAGAGGCCCAACUGGAGCAAAAGAAACGCGAAAACGCAGAGCUCACCAAAAUUUGCGAGGAACUUCUCAGCAAGUAUAGCACCGGGGCACCUUGAACAAGUUGCUUUCCAGUCUUUCUAACCCCACUCCCAAUAAACUGGAGCUUGUUGGCUUUCAGAGCACUAUUCGGCCCAUCUCAUCUCCUCUUUCACACAUCCAGACACAUUCGAGCGAUUCUUCUAUCAUCCUCAUUAAGUCGUCCGGCUAACUCGUUGCUCUUCUGUUCCCCUCCUCGCAUAAAUAUGCACCCGUGCCGUGCUUAUCGUGCCUGUACAGACUAUAUUGUGCCUCAUGGUUUGCGCGUGUGUGUUAACUUAUCCCCUUCUAUGAUUUUAUUUUGUUUCCGUUAUUGCACCAUCUCUCCCACCGGUUCAACAUUGAUCUGAGUCCCGUUUGCAUGCUGAACAAAGAAGUCCCUGCUAGCUACCGCGCAACUGGAAUAUCAUUCUUCAUAACUGUAUUCGUGCCGUAAAUCUCUACUCUGUUUGAGGCGGAUUCCGAC